AAUAAUAACUUCUUUGCGUUUAUGGCGGAAAUUAAAUAAAUGUCAAGUGUAAACAAAGAAAUGUUAAUGUCACCGAGUGUUUCUGAUGCUCGUUGUGAUCACGUUCAUCACGUUGCGCGUUCGUUGUGAUGUGAUUCAGUCAGCUCUGUUCAUUUCUGUUGUAUUGUGAAAAUUACAUUUGUUUUCUAAGUAGUUAAAACACUAAUUUAAGAAAAUGACUGAAAGAGGUUUUGUGAAGGCGCAGUCAGACAAUUUGCCAAAAGUUCAUGUUUUCAUGAUGUCCACAUAUUUAACAUCAAAUCCUAAUUUCACGUCUGUUGAAAUCAAAGGAGUGAAAGCUUUACGAUCACAGAGAGAAUCAUAUGGUGAUUCCGCAGUCGGAUAUGUUCAAGUUAAACGAGAGGGGAACAUAUGUACAGUGAAAGCUCGGAUUACACCUGAACAUAAUGUUCGACAGAAGUGUUAUGCUGUAACCCUUUCUUGUAAUGAGGCAGAAGAAACUAUCUUGUCAGUUGAAUGCGAAGAUUGUGCAGCACAUAAAGGAGGCUGUAAGCAUGCCCUUGCCUUCUUAGCAUGGCUGCAUAGGCGUAGUGAAGACCCACCGUCCACUAGUGUUGAUUGCUACUGGAAAAAAUCAAAGUUGUCUUCAGUUGGAACAAGUUUAAAAUUUAUUAAAGCAAAAGACAUUUGCAAUGCACCCAAGAAGCCAAAACUUGUGUCAACAGAGACUUCACAAGAAAGUUUUUUAACUGUUGUUAUUAAAGACAGUAAGGAAGUUGGUGAUACAGAUAACCAACUCAUGAAAUAUUUUAAGGAGCCAAGCAAUUGUGAAAAAAUGUCCAUCCAUCGUUUGGUAAGUAGUGUACCAAAGAGACCAGAAAAUGCACAAGAGUUCAUUGAGUUUUGCAAGCUAUCAAUGGAUAUUAAAGCAUGCGAAGAUGCUGCAAUUACAACUGUAGCACAAAGCAACUGUUCUUUAUGGCAUGAGCUCAGGUACGCAAGAAUAACAGCCUCCAAAGCAUAUGAGGCUGCACAUUGCAAAACAUUGCAUGGAUCUUUGAUGGAAGCCAUAAUGGGAGCCUCAAAAUUAAAGGAUACCGAUGCCAUGAAAAGAGGAAGAUUGUUGGAGAAUGAAGUGAUUAGGGCAGUGGAAAAUAUUAAGAAAAUUAAGAUUUAUAAAUGUGGGAUAUUAUUGAAUCCGUUAUGUCCUAUCAUGGGAGCAUCACCUGAUGGUGAAAAUGAUCUUUAUAGCAUAGAAAUUAAAUGCCCAUCUAGUGAAAAAUCUAUCAGUAACUAUUUAGGAAAGAAUAAUGAAAUAACAGGAAAAUGCAUGGCACAAGUGCAGAUACAGAUGCAUUUCUCAAAAAAGGCGAAAGCACUUUUCUGUGUAGCUCAUUAUGAUUUCGAAAAAUCUAAAAAUGUCACCAUAGUUGAAAUAGACUAUGACAAACAAUAUUGUGAAAAUGUUAUAGAAAAAUGUACUAGGUUUUGGUGUGAUGCCAUUUUUCCUCUUUUAUUUAAAUAAGUAUAGUUUAUUUAAUCUUGUAAUGUGCAAAAAAAUCCUUCGUCUCCAUCGAAAAUAAUAUGAACUUUAUCUUGUGUCAAUAAAGACGGAAAUUGCAUGAAACAAGUACCUGUCACGGGAGACCGUUGUAACUCAUCAUAUAAAUAUAAACUUUAUGUCUAUAUAGUUAAAGACGGAAAUUGCAAUGUUAUUUAACCAGUGCCAGAAAACACUGCUUUGAAAACAGAGCUGCGAGCACAGGAUUCGAUACUAUUUUCGAAUCUACACGAAAGGUCACUUUUACCAAACGCUAAAAUUAUUAAAACUACUAAAAAUCAAAUUUUAAAUACAUUUUGUACUAAAUGACAGACGUAUGA